AUGACCGUGUACAGUUCAGACCAGGCUGCCUUGGAAGCCGCCGGGAAGAAGCAGGUGCUCAAGCGAGAAUGGAAUUUCUGGGCUCUUUUGGGUAUGUCGGCGACGACACUGUGCACUUGGGAAGCUACCAGUGCUUUGUUCGCUGGCGCAUACCUUAAUGGCGGCCCCGUUUCUGUUGUCUACGGCUUCAUCGUCUCAGUGUUGGGCACCCUAUGCAUUGCAGGUUCUUUGGCCGAAAUGGCCUCGAUUUCGCCAAUCGCCGGAGCACAGUACCACUGGAGCGCUGAGCAUUCGCCGCGGAAAUGGCGCGCCCUGAUUAGCUACAUCCAAGGCUGGGUUACCAUUACUGGAUGGGUCGCGGCCGUGGCAUCGGUCUGUUUUCUGAUCGCCACGAUGAUUCAGGGCGUUGCCAUCCUCAAUAACCCAAACUACGACGCAAAACGAUGGCAAGCAACGUUGAUAAUGAUCGGAUUUGCUGCUCUUGCUGCUCUUGGAAACACAUUUGGCAAGAAAUUGUUACCUCUGUGGGAGACCGCGGCGGGAGUUUUCCAUGUCCUCUUCUUCGUCAUCAUCUUCAUCGGCAUUUUGGCUACAUCACAUAAGGCUAGCGACCACGAUGUCUGGGGCCAAUUUAUCAAUGCUGGCGGCUGGGACAGCGACGGUGUGAGUUUCUGCAUCGGUUUCCUUACCCCAGCUUUCGCCCUCGCUGGGGUGGAUGCAGUUGUGCACAUGAGCGAAGAAGCUUACGAUGCUCCUCGCAACGUCCCACGAGCAAUGAUCGGGUCGGUCAUUAUCAAUGGAUUGGCUGGAUUUGUCUAUAUCGUUGUGAUUCUGUACGCCAUUACCGACACCGAUGCGGUCUUCGAGACCCCUACUGGAUACCCCAUUAUCGCUGUCUUCUUGCAGGCAACCAACAACCAAAAAGCCGCAAGCGCCAUGAUCUCGGGCGUCAUUAUGGUUUUCUCCAUGAACUUAUUCGGCUGCAUGGCAUCCGUUUCUCGUUUGAUCUGGGCUUUCUCCCGUGACCACGGCCUUCCAUUUUCCGGGUUCUUCUCUCACAUCACGCCGUGGAAUAAAUGUCCCACGAAUGCGGUCAUUUCGAUCUUCGUUUCAGUGUCCCUGCUUUCUUUGAUCAACAUUGGAUCCACAACCGCAUUCAAUGCCCUGAUCUCAUUGACAACACUGGGCUUCUAUUUCUCUUACGCGAUUCCGACCACCAUGUUCAUUAUUCGCCGCUUCGAUUCCUCGAACCCCAUCAACUUUGGACCAUGGACCAUGGGCAAAUUCGGCCUCUACGUCAACAUCCUUUCGCUCGCAUUCUGCACUUUCCUCAUCAUCUUCCUACCAUUCCCACCGAUGCUUCCGGUCACCAGCCAGAAUAUGAACUAUGCUUCUCCUGUCUUCAUCGGAGUCAUGCUCAUUGCGGCUGUCAAUUAUUUCAUCCGUGCUCGCAAGCGAUUUUAUGGUCCGAUCAAGGAGGUCAAUAGUGAGACCAGCAGUGAAGAAGUUCCACAUGAAUCUGUCACGGCAGAGAAGCAGACUCCAGAGUCUUCCUAA